AUAUGUAUAUUUCAGCAUCUGCUCUUAAGAACUUCUCACUGGACGUCGUCGUAUAAACUCCUUUUUCCUGUCCUAUUUGGAAGCCUAUCUGUAGUCACUUUAGAUGGAAAGUUAAAGUAUAUUAGAUUUAAAUUAUAUCCAGUAAUUAAAAACCCAGCUUUUAUUAGCUUUCUAUAUUCUCUCAUUCUAUGAAUCAAAUUGAUUAAAUCCAUUCUAUGUUCUAUGUAUAUAUAUACAUGUAUUUAUGUAUGAACAUUUCAUACUGAUCUUUUUCAAAUUCUACUUUUAUUAUGUGUAUGUAUGUUAUGUAUAUCUGUAACUGAAAUUCUCAUUUGGGGUUUGAAAACCCUAAGUUUAAAGUUUGGGAAUUUCAAGAAAGCCUUAAUCUUUUGCCCAAAGAUUCAGUUUUUGGUGAAUUCUUGAAAUUCCAAGAUCUGGGUAUUGGGAAUUUUAAGAAAAACUGAAACUUUUGCCCAAAGAUUCAGUUUUUGUUACUGUUUUUGUGGGAUUCUUGAAAUUUUUGGAUCUGGGUGUGUGAAAAAAAAGGUUGUGGGGUGUGAUAAAAAUGGUGGAUCAAGAAGAUGAGGAGUUGAAAAUGGCGUUAAGGAUGAGUAUGCAGAAGGAGUCACCUGAGCCUAAGAGGAGUAAACCAGGAGAGGAGGUUUCUGGUGGUGGGGAGGAAGGAGGGGAGUCGCCAGAGGCGAAAAACCGGAGACUUCAGAGGGAAUUGAUGGCUGCUGCUGCUGAAAAGAGGAUGAAGAAUGUGGUGGUGAAGAAGAGUGGGGGUGGUGGGGAUGGGAGUGGGAGUGGGAGUGGGAGUGGGAGUGGGGUGGUGGUAUGUAAGGAUAAAAGUGUGAAUUUGGUUAAGGGUGAGGAGAAAAAUGUGAGUUUGGUUAAGGGUGAGGAUAAAAAUGUGAACUUGGUUAAGGGUGAGGAGAAAAAUGUGAGCUUGGUGAAGGGGGAAGAGCUUUUGGUUGCUGAGGCUAAUCAGUUGUUUUCAAUGAUCUUUGGUUGUGAAGUUACCGAAGGUAUUCUUGGUCGGUGGACUAAUCAGGGCAUAAGGUUUAGUCCUGAUCCAGAUACAUCUAUGGGUUUAGUGCAGCAUGAAGGUGGGCCCUGUGGUGUGCUAGCAGCAAUACAGGCUUUUGUUCUCAAGUACCUAGUGUUUUUCUCGGAUGAUGUAAAUGUGGCUUCACCUAGCUUGUCUGGCAAUGUGGGUUUGAGAAGAUUGGCUAAUAAAGAUUCUUCUGGAGUUGAUAUUUUUUCAUCUCUAAGUGAAGAAAAAAAAUCAAGAGCAUUGGUCAGAGCCAUGGGUGAGAUAUUGUUUAUGUGUGGAAGCAAUAGAAGGGUUGUGAUAGCCUCUUUGAGAACACUUGAUGGUAACCUUGAGGGGUCCGAGGGGCGUUCAAGUGAUGAGGUCAUUUCUAAAGCACUUGAAGGCCUCUCAAUUGAAUCCGCGGCUAACUUGCAAAAGGUUUUAAUCAUUAACACAUAUACUUCGCCGGUAGAUGCCCUUCAAAGGCUUGAAGCACUGCUCCCAGUAUUUCGAAGUCGUAUGGGAGCAAUGCUGUUCCUAAUAUCUGCUUUGCUUUCUCAUGGACUGGACAAUGUUCAAGCUGAUAGGGAUGAUCCUUCUCAACCUUUGGUUACAGCACCUUUUGGACAUGCUUCACAGGAAAUUGUAAACCUGUUGGUUUCUGAAGCUGUUGCCAAUGUGUUUGAUGGGAGGAUGGAUUUGGGUGGUGGCAUGUUUGUGAAGGGUAUCUCCACAACAGUUGAAGUUGGAUUUCUUACCCAGCUAGAGUCCCUAAACUUCUGUAAAGUUGGUCUGCAUUUGAAAUGCCCGAAAUGGCCAAUAUGGGUUGUUGGCAGUGAUUCUCAUUACACAGUCUUAUUUGCUCUCGAUACAAAAGUUCAGGAGGAGAAUGAACUUGAAGGCAGGGAAACAAAGAUCCGUAGAGCUUUUGAUGCACAAGAUCAGAGUGGAGGUGGCGGAUUCAUUAGCGUGGAAGGUUUUCAUCAAGUCCUUAGGGAGACUAAUGUCAAUCUUCCGUCAGACAAGCUUCAAAACCUAACCAGCAGUGGAUACAUUGUAUGGAGCGAAUUCUGGCAGGUCUUGUUAGACUUGGAAAAGAAUUCGGGAGGGCUGAAAGAUCCUAGUGGAUUAAGUGGAAAAAAGGUGUUUGAUCUUUACCACUUCAAUGGGAUCGCAAAAUCAGUUAUGAACGGGAACUCUGGAAAUAAUUUUCCGGUACAAAGGCCUAGACUCACUAAGUUGAGGGUUUCGGUUCCCCCGAAGUGGACUCCUGAGGAGUUCAUGUCUGCCGGACCAGCUACAAGUGAUAAGGAUUCUGUUGGUGAAGUUUCAAAACCAGAACCUUCUCAGCAUGCUGCUUUAGUCGACUGCAUCCGGACACGCUGGGCCCGCGCCACAUGUACUUGGGAAGGUGAUCCGCCCAGCAUCGUUUGAUUGGUUAGCUGAUAUAGUCUGAACUUGAGGCUGACUUCUGAACAAGGUGAAAGCUUUCUGGGCAGGGAGAUUUUUGUCAUGGGCAUAAUGCAAUACCAUUUUGAACUGUGUGAUAGUGUAACUUUAAGAUUCUGGUUUUUGAUUAGGAGAGGUCCAAUUCUGAGGGUUAAGAGAGGCAGUGCUGUUAUUUCGAACUUUGGGGCAUUAAUUUUUUCAUAUGCUGUUGAUUAGGUUUUUCUCCCUUUUUACUCUGAGAGGGAGAUAAAUAAGCAUCAGACUGGUCAUUAAUUAUUGUUGUAACUAUAGAAAGCCUCUCAUCUUUGCGGUUGAUUAGGGAAUUAUCUUAUGCAGAGAAGUGUUUUGUCUCAA